CCCCCUUUUUUUUUUUUUAUAAAGGCUGUUCGCGUACAUCUAAAUGAGAAGCAAUGCGUGCGUGCUUUGAUGAAAUGCUCCUAGAAUGCUCGUCGACUUGUGACUACGACCGCGACCUGGGAGUGAAGUUGAGGGUCGAGAUACUUUGUCUUGCCCCGCCCUACGCUUUACCCGUGGACUUUUGUUUUCUGGUUUCUUUUCAAGUUUCGGUUCCCGAUUACAAAAAAUCGACGUUUAAUCUGUUGCCGCUUGGAUGUAUCGUUGAUUAUGGUUUGUGGUUUUCGGUUUAUGGAGUGUGGAGGGACCGGGUUUCCCAACGGGACACCCCCCCCAAACCGGCCCGUGAACCCGCCUGACCAUCUCUCGGCCCGCUGCGGUUAAGAGGAUCCGGCCGCAGUUGGCCUGUCAAUUCCACCCCUCUCUGACUGCUUGCAAGGGGUUUCAGCCGGCCUUCUCCCCGAGCGCUAUUGGAUAUCGGCCACCCCCGCACCAGCGCUUCCGACAUGACAUAAGGCGCGGUUGACAGAGAGUGUCAGUUCACCACGGCCCCGAUUGCGGGUGGUAUCAUCAUCGUACGUCAGUAAACACCGAAGACGAGGACUCAC